AUGAACGACGGGUCUCGUGCCUCGUCUUCCUACAGCACAAGUUCUGAUCUGCAACUCGGGGCGGGCACAAGCGCCAGUAGUACCGCCGAUCCCUCGGACAGAGUGUUUCCCAUACGUUCGGUUGUCAGAGUCGACACUUCACAACCUAUGCCCUGGGGCCUUUCACGUUCAGGCGCUGAUCACGAACCUUCCGCCCGCCCAGAUGUCACAUGGAAUGGCCGCCGCCCAAGCAGUCCUCGCAUAGACACCGAGGCUGUCCUUCGCCGCGCCGAUACGACUUAUGGCUAUAUGCCGUCCGGCCUGAGAUCACCAUCCGACAGGGAACGCUCCACAGCACGCUCGAGAAGUACGACAAUACCAUCCACAACCUCUCUCCCCAGUCCCCAGCCCGUGUCUGAGCACGGCGGUUUCUCUGACCCAUUGACAAUAUUUGACGAUGCUGCUUCCGAUGCUUCUGACCGGACGCGAGGCUCCAAAUCUGCCCCAGCCUCGGACUCUCAACCUGCGGAUGCCGAGUCGUCUUCCGACUUGAACGAUGAUGCGCUUGUAUCCGUUCGUUUUCGGCAUACCAUGACAGCCGAGGGCCAUGCUGUCAUCACAGGACGGGAUGGAACCUUGCAGAGAUGCGAAGACGAGCCGAUCCACACACCUGGGGCCGUCCAGGCUUUCGGCUUGCUUGUUGCCGUCCGAGAAGAAGCUGAUGGUCGGUUCAGCGUGCGCUACGCCAGCGAAAACUCGAAGAGAAUUAUUGGCUAUACUCCCCAGGAGCUUUUUCGGCUCAAUAGCUUCACCGACAUUCUUAGCGAAGAGCAGGCCGAUAAUUUGCUGGACCACAUCGAUUUUGUCCGAGACGAAGAGACGGAUCCUGCAACCAGUGGCCCUGAUGUCUUCAGCAUGUCAAUCCGGCCACCCGGGCAACGCAGCACGAAGUUGUGGGCGGCCUUACACAUAUCGGACUCACAUCCUAAUUUGAUCAUUGCCGAAUUCGAGCUUGAGGACGACCGAGAGUACCCAUUGCGACCACCAGACGAAUUCACACCCGACGAACCCGAGGAUACUUUGUAUCAGAAUCCCACAGUGGAAGAGUUCCAUGAAAGCACGGAAAUAACUAGCAAGCCCCUCAGAGUCCUGCGUAGCGCUCGCAAGCGGCGGGGCGAGGCAGGAGCGAUGCAGGUCUUUGACAUCAUGUCACAAGUACAAGAGCAGCUGGCCGCUGCGCCCAACCUCGAGAAAUUUCUCAAAAUCUUGGUUGGCAUCGUUAAAGAGCUGACAGGCUUCCACCGUGUCAUGAUCUACCAAUUUGAUGCAGCCUUCAAUGGCAAAGUCGUUACCGAGCUGGUUGACCCAGCUCACACGCGUGACCUCUACUAUGGCCUCCACUUUCCGGCAUCCGACAUCCCUAAGCAGGCGCGCGAGUUGUACAAGCUCAACAAGGUCCGGCUCCUAUACGACCGUGACGUCGAGUCAGCCAGGCUCGUCUGCCGGUCUCUGGAGGAUAUGCAGACACCGCUUGACCUGAGCCAUUCAUACCUGCGCGCUAUGUCACCUAUACAUCUCAAAUACCUCGCCAACAUGGCUGUACGCUCAUCCAUGUCGAUAUCUAUCAAUGCGUUCAACGAGCUUUGGGGGCUCGUCACAUGUCACAGCUACGGCGGCAAAGGCAUGCGCGUAGCCUUUCCCAUCCGGAAGAUGUGCCGCCUCGUCGGUGACACCGCAUCCAGAAACAUCGAGCGCCUCUCGUACGCCUCUCGACUUCAAGCUAGAAAAUUGAUCAACACGAUACCAACGGACAAGAAUCCUUCUGGUUACAUCAUCGCCUCCUCGGAUGACCUUCUCAAGCUCUUCGACGCUGACUUCGGCAUGUUGUCCAUUAGGGGUGAGACCAAAGUGCUUGGCAAGAUGGAGCAGUCGCAAGAAGCUCUUGCUAUGCUGGAGUACCUGCGCAUGCGAACUUUCACAUCCGUGCUCACGUCUCAGGACAUCAAAGAAGAUUUUCCAGAUUUGCGUUACUUACCUGGAUUCUCGGUCAUCGCAGGCCUACUUUACGUACCGCUCAGUGUGGGUGGUAAUGAUUUCAUCGUCUUCUUCCGGCGAGGGCAAGUCCGCGAAGUGAAGUGGGCAGGUAACCCUUAUGAUAAGGUCAUCAAAGAGGGUACUUCAAACUAUCUGGAGCCACGGUCCAGUUUCCAAGUGUGGCAUGAGAGAGUGCUCGGUAAAUGCAGAGAAUGGUCAGAGGAGCAGGUAGAGACCGCCGCUGUGCUCUGCUUAGUUUAUGGAAAAUUCAUUGAGGUCUGGAGACAAAAGGAAGCUGCGAUCCAAAGCAGUCGACUGACGCGCUUACUGCUGGCCAACUCGGCUCACGAAGUCCGCACUCCACUCAAUGCCAUCAUAAAUUACCUCGAAAUAGCACUGGAGGGCAGCCUGGACCAAGAGACACGAGAAAAUCUGGCAAAGUCUCAUUCUGCAUCGAAGUCUCUAAUUUACGUCAUCAACGACUUGUUGGAUCUCACGAACACCGAAGAAGGGCAGGAGCUCAUCAAAGAUGAGAUACUCGAACUCCCUGCAGUCAUCAGGGAAGCCACAGAUCCAUUUAAGGUCGAUGCGAAGCGAAAGGGGAUCGACUAUCGUGUCCUGGAGCACCCAGGAUUGCCAAGACACGUCCAUGGCGAUUUUCGUCGGGUUCGACAAGCUAUUGCUAAUCUCACAGCCAAUGCCAUGCAGAACACCACUUCUGGUUCUGUCUCGGUAGAAUGCUAUGUCUCUGAGGUCACUGAGGGCCGCGCCCGGAUUGAGAUUGCGAUCGAAGACACUGGCUGCGGCAUGAGCAGCAAGAAGCUAGACAGUCUCUUUCAGGAUCUGGAACAAGUCAGCACUGAUGCGGAUGCAACUUCAUUGGAUGAUGUCCAACGGCCCUCAGAAAGCAGGACGUUGGGCCUUGGCUUGGCCGUCGUUGCACGCAUCGUCCGCAAUAUGGAUGGCCAGCUCCGCCUCAAGUCCGAGGAGGGAAAAGGUUCGAAGUUUGUCAUUCAGCUCCCGUUUGACCUGCCCACUGAGGAGUUGCUCGCGAAGGUUGGUGCUGUCGACAACGAGGAGGCGGACAAUACGACACCCAGCGCAGCUUCAGUCACCAAGAGUCUGCCACCUACAGAUGCUAGUGAAGUCAUGCUUGUUGCAAAUGCCAGUAAUGCUCACGGGACUCGCACAUUGAACACAAAACGGAGCAUGGAUGAGCACAGCAUCACCAACAGUCUGAAGAGCAGUCUGGCGAGCCAAGGUAGCAUCCGCAGUGUCAAAAGCGAUGCCGAUCGCUUGAUUGAUGCCAUUUCGACCCCCUUGGCCCUGGGAGACCCCGAAGACGAGACUCAAAGAGGCUCACGGCGUGAGUCCAGGGGUCGCAACCACAGCCAAGCCGGCAGUACGACCUCUCUCCCUGGCACAAUUAGCAUUGGAAGCAACAUUGGCACAGCUGAGCGUCCCGCCCCCUUAAAGAGAUCGACCACAACAUCUGGUGUUGUCGAUUCUUCGGAGGCGAGCACCAGUGGCACACAUCCUGUGGCAGACAGCAAGACGCCCAUCAGACCUGUUAAGGUUCCAGACGAAUUCUUUGACCAGCCAAGACUACCUCAGACUGGACAAACCUCGAAGGUUCUAUUCGAGGUACCACCCUCGCCUGCCCCUGUCAUUUCCAAAAGCUCUGACAAGCAGAGCACAUUGCAAGUAUUGGUGGCCGAAGACGAUCCGAUCAACAUGAAAAUCCUGAAGAAACGCCUGGAAAAAGCAGGCCACGAGGUCACGCAUGCAGUCAAUGGGGAGGAUUGUGCAACUGUCUACAGCGAGACACCAGAGAAGUUUGAUAUCAUUCUCAUGGAUAUGCAGAUGCCAAUUGUUGACGGACUCAACAGCACCAAAAUGAUUCGUGCUUUUGAGCGUGCUGACAGUAAAUUAGCUCUCUCACCUGUGGCACAGAGACACGGCGGUAUUCCCAUUCUUGCUGUAUCCGCGUCACUGGUUGAGCGAGAGCGGCCUUCCUACAUCGAGGCCGGUUUUGAUGGCUGGAUCCUCAAACCAAUAGACUUUAAGCGUCUGAACACCCUGCUAGAUGGUAUCCACAGCCAGGACACACGCGAUAGCUGCUUGUACGUCCCAGGACAGUGGGAACGAGGGGGGUGGUUCCAUUCUGGGCAGUCAGAUUGGGCCGACAAGCAACAUACCGAGGCACCACAGACUUCGGUGAACGGCGACACGACGAUACCUCCUCAGUGA